AUAUUUUUCUUGAGAGGAAAGACAAUAUUAUAAAAGUAAAAGACAGUUAUUUCCGGGUGACGGAAUCCCUCAAGAGCUUCCGGUUCACUUCAGCUAGCAGGAAGUAAAGCGCAGUCGUUUGAAAGAUGGCGGCGCACACGCAAAAGAACAACAAGCCGGGGAAAGCGUCGGGGAAGGCGUCUCAGCCUCUGAUAAUCGCCAAAACCCCGGCGGAGGAGCAGCGUCUGAAGCUUGAGAGGUUGAUGCGAAACCCGGACAAGCUCGCUCCAAUCCCAGACCGACUUAAAGAAUGGAACCCGCGGGCUCCGCCGGAGUUCGUCCGGGACGUGAUGGGCUCCAGCGCCGGCGCGGGCAGCGGCGAGUUCCACGUUUAUCGUCACCUCCGCCGCAGAGAGUACCAGAGACAGGACUUCCUGGACAAGGUGGCAGAUAAGCAGGACAAGGACGUGGAGUAUCUGGACAAGGUGGAGCAGAACAAGCAGGCGGCCGACGAGAGGACGGCCAAGCGCCGGAAGAAGCGCGAGAAGAUGAAGGAGAAGAAGCUCAUGGCGAAGAAGGCGAAACUAGAAGGUGACAAUAAGACGGAAGACGGCGCCGAUAAGAGCUCAGACGAAAGUGAAGAGGAUGAGGACCGAGAGGCUGAAGAUGAUGCGGAGGCUCCGAGCUUCAUCAUGGGGAAGAAAUAAGUGUGCCCUGCGGCUGAGAAGAACCCAAGAGACCAAGGGAAAAGACAAAGACAAUUCAGUGGUGGACCCUGCGUUGCCACAGGAAUGUUUGGACUGUCUACUUUAAGAGACAAGACCCCACAAUAGUCGUCAGUGUCCCAGUUUGAAAGAAAAGAUGUUGACUCUUCUGAUUCUUUUUGUUAUCAAUCGAGUGUUAGAUCACACAUUUCGGCUAAUAGUCAUAUUUAGGGAUUUCAAUGAUUUGCUGAAGUAGGAUUGUUGGGAAUUUUGUAAUCUUCUAUAUUGUUUGCAACGUUGUCAAUGUUUUUAAUAAAAAAGUCACCAUGUACAUAA